AUGCGAUUCUGGUCCUGGCUUCGGGGAGAGCCCAGAUGCGAAUAUUACUACAAAAAACGUCUUCAGGAAAUCAAAGUCCAUAUUCGCUAUGGCAUCCCAAAAGAUCCAGUCAAGAAAUGGAUAACCGAGUUCAAUGAUGAGGAAACGCUGGGGUUUGCCAUUAUACAGCGACAGCGUCGUCUGCAGAAUGAGAAAAAGACGGCUGAAGAGCAACAACAGCAAGAGCAGAGACAGCAGUUUCGGCGGCGUCGGUGCGAGCAGUGCCGGUACCAGGAGGAGAUGUGCAGUUCCUGCCAUGAAGCGACGCAGGCAGCAGAUGUUCCACCACCCUACUCGAGCAGAUCCCCAGAGGAAUUCGAACAAGAUCUGGCCAAGCUGCGCGAAGAGUUUGAGUUGGUGGGUCACAUAUGCUAUGGCCCCCCGCUGGCAUAG